AUGAGUACUGACUUCAUGUUCCAGCGUCCCGAAUAUGGUUCCGUUAACAUACAAAUUGCGGACUACCCACAAUCAUCAAAGAAUAACUCUGUUGAUGCCAACAAAGUAGCAGACGACAUUGUCACAAAGCUAAACGAAGCAAUCUCCAAGAAGAAUAAUAGUGCCGCCGCGAAGCUCUUCCUUGCAGAGAAGGGUUACUGGCGAGAUCACCUUGCACUGACAUGGGAUUUUCGAACGUCCAAGGGUAGCCAGAACAUCAAGACACUGCUUGACGAAGCCAAAGUUCAACUGCAAAAGAUUGAAGUCGACCGCAGUUCAGCCUUCCGUGCUCCAAAAUUUGGACCAAUUGAUGGGUGGGGUGACGUCAACGGUAUUCAAUUCUUCGUAAACUUUGAAACCGAGGUGGGCCGUGGGGAGGGAGUCGUCAAUCUCGCCGAAGAGGAUGGGCAAUGGAAAGUGUUCACUAUAUAUACUUCAUUGCAGGAGCUCAAGGGUCAUGAAGAACCAGUAAAACAUCGGCGAACAAAGGGCGUAAAGCAUGGUGGCGAUCCUGCAAGAAAGAACUGGAAAGAGCGACGAGAGUCGGAGAAGGAGAACAUAAAUCCCAGGGUGCUCAUCAUUGGCGCAGGACAAGGUGGCUUGACAGUUGCCGCGCGAUUGAAAAUGUUGAACGUCCCCGCGCUUAUGAUCGACUCGAACGAGCGCGUCGGCGACAACUGGCGCAAGCGAUACCACCAACUUGUACUACAUGAUCCAGUGUGGUAUGACCACAUGCCAUAUAUUCCGUUCCCACCACAUUGGCCGAUUUUCACGCCGAAGGACAAGCUUGCCGAAUUCUUCGAAGCUUAUGUCAAUCUUCUUGAACUCAACGCCUGGACAUCAACGGACCUAAAAUCAGCUUCAUGGGAUGAAGGCAAGAAGCAAUGGACUGUAGAAGUCGAGCGUCGAAAGGCAGAUGGGAGCGUGGAGAAGCGCACUCUACACCCACGACACGUUAUUCAGGCUACUGGCCACUCGGGAAAGAAGAACAUGCCAGAUAUUAAGGGUAUGGACAGCUUCAAAGGUACUCGCUUGUGCCACAGCUCCGAGCACCCCGGCGCAAACCCGAUCUCCAAGGGCAAGAAGGCGAUCGUCGUCGGCUGCUGCAACUCUGGCCAUGACAUCGCGCAAGACUUUUACGAAAAAGGCUAUGACAUUACGAUUGUUCAACGAAGCACAACGUGCGUUGUUUCAUCUGAAGCAAUUUGUGAGAUCGGUCUCAAAGGCUUGUAUGAGGAAGAUGCGCCGCCUGUCGAAGAUGCAGACCUCUUCUUGUGGAGUAUACCCAGUGAGCUCUUUAAAGUCCAGCAGAUCAAAAUCACCAAGAAGCAGGCUGAGCACGACAAGAAGCUCCUCGAUGGACUCAAGGCUGUUGGUUUCGGAGUCGAUAGUGGGCCAAUGGGAUCUGGGCUUUUGAUUAAGUACUUCCAGCGCGGCGGCGGAUACUACAUCGAUGUCGGCGCAUCGCAACUCAUCAUUGACGGCAAGAUCAAAGUGAAGCAGGGCCAAGAGCUCAAGCAAAUCCUUCCGAACGGCAUUGAAUUUGCUGAUGGGUCAAAGCUCGAAGCGGAUGAGAUUGUCUUUGCAACAGGGUACCAGAACAUGAGAACACAAGCCCGACUUAUCUUUGGCGAUGAAGUCGCAGAUCGUGUGAGCGAUGUAUGGGGCUUCAACCAGGAGGGAGAAUUCAGAACGAUGUGGCAGAAGAGCGGGCACCCUGGUUUGUGGUUCAUGGGAGGGAAUCUGGCGAUAAGCAGAUACUACAGUCGGAAGCUUGCACUGCAGAUCAAGGGUAUCGAGGAAGGCAUAAAGGGCACUUGA